GGGCCGGGCGCGCUCGGCGCUUGCUCCCUGGCUGGCGCUCCUCAGUCGGCCGCUGCCUGCCUGUCGCCGGGCUGGGAGCGCCUGUGUGUGUGAGUGACGCGGCGGAGGUGUAGUUUGACGCGGUGUGUUACGUGGGGGAGAGAAUAAAACUGCGGCGAGAUCCCAGGCGCGAACGAAAGCAGUGACGGAGCAGCCUGGUAACCGGUAACUAAAUGACCAUGGAAUCUGGAGCAGAGACCCAGCAGAGUGGAGAUGCAGCCGGUACAGAGGCAGAAACCCAACAGAUGACAGUACAGGCACAACCACAGAUUGCAACGUUAGCCCAGGUAUCUAUGCCAGCAGCUCAUGCAACAUCUUCUGCACCCACGGUGACCUUAGUUCAGCUGCCCAAUGGGCAGACGGUUCAAGUGCAUGGAGUAAUUCAGGCUGCCCAGCCGUCAGUUAUUCAGUCUCCACAGGUCCAGACAGUUCAGAUCUCCACUAUAGCAGAAAGUGAAGAUUCACAGGAAUCAGUAGACAGUGUCACAGACUCACAGAAACGAAGAGAAAUUCUUUCCAGACGACCCUCCUACAGAAAAAUUUUGAAUGACUUGUCCUCAGACGCCCCAGGAGUGCCAAGGAUCGAAGAAGAAAAGUCUGAAGAGGAAACAGCAGCACCUGCCAUCGCCACUGUUACGGUGCCAACUCCCAUUUACCAAACCAGCAGUGGGCAGUACAUUGCCAUCACCCAAGGAGGAGCAAUACAGUUGUCUAACAAUGGCACAGAUGGAGUACAAGGUCUCCAGACGUUGACAAUGACCAAUGCAGCUGCAACCCAACCUGGCACCACCAUUUUACAAUAUGCACAGACCACAGACGGACAGCAGAUACUUGUACCUAGCAACCAAGUUGUUGUACAAGCUGCCUCAGGAGACGUGCAGACCUACCAGAUCCGCACGGCCCCGACCAGCACCAUCGCUCCAGGAGUGGUCAUGGCGUCGUCCCCCGCGCUCCCCACGCAGCCGGCGGAGGAGGCCGCGCGGAAGAGGGAGGUGCGGCUGAUGAAGAACAGAGAGGCAGCACGUGAAUGUCGCAGGAAGAAAAAGGAGUAUGUGAAAUGUCUAGAAAAUCGAGUGGCUGUGCUUGAAAACCAAAACAAGACACUGAUUGAGGAGUUGAAAGCACUUAAGGACCUUUACUGCCACAAAUCAGAUUAAUUUUGGAUUCUCAUUUUCACUUGUCCAGGUGGGAUAGAGACUGGUUCUGGCUAUACCCAGAAAGACAAAGUAAACUUUUUAUUUUCUAAACAUUUCUUUUUUUCUAUGCGCAAAACUGCCUGAAGCAACUACAGAAUAUACUUCAUCUGUGCUUUGCAUCAAACUGUGAAUGUUCAAGUACUUGCCUCCACUUCUCCCCUUACAAGAUGAAUUUCAUCAUCAAUCUCAGCGUGAAGAAGAAGAAGAACAGGCUUCUCUCUCGUCUCCCGAUCCUCUUCAAGGAGUAACAGUGGUCACUUGGGGAGUUACUGUGGGGAAGGUCCUUUUGUAAAGAUGUCAAGAGUUUGUGCUGAGCUCUUUCCAUUGCCUUAGAGACAGAGCCACCCCAGCCUCUUGGUCCAGGGAAUGGUGGGCCCAUAGGUGGAGCAUGCAGGCUGCAGUGAAGAAGCAGUGGUUGCCACGGUGGUGUCACACGUUGGUGCUGAGCAGCGCCAGAGGGGUGCUUCACUGUCACCUUCUUGGUGUGGAGAUAACAGACCUUUCCAAACUAGCUCAGGAGGGGCUUUGAUCUGCAAUCUGUGUUAAGCCCUCCUGGACUAGUCAAACCUUCUCCAUACUUGAGAAACAAAUGCAUUGAAAUGAGCUUCACUGGUCAGUUGUUGAUUCUUGUAGCUUAUGUGUGCAAGUGCGUUCAGCGUUCUGAAUGCACAGAAAACAGACACCAAUUUCAUAGGAUAUAGGUUGGGAAAUUUUAUUUGGAUGGGAAAGGAAAUUUUUUAAAAAGAUGCAAUUGCCAUGUUCUGUAAACAAUCACAUAGUAAACAGGGGUUACACAUUAAAGCACUACCUAUUUGUAUGCAGAACAACUAAGCAGUUGAAGCAUAGCCAACUCCACUUAAGUAUUCCCUGAAGACAGUAUGGUCUGUGUCCCAAGUCCUCUCAAGCAAUGAAGUUGUUUUUAUUCCCUACCACUGUCUUAUGCAAUGGAAAUUAUUGUACUCAAUAGAAAUAUCAGCCUGGUUUGCUAAAUUCUUUUUUGAACUUUGAGGCUGCCUUCAAUACAUAAAUUAAGUUGUAGUUUAACAACUAUUAGGACAACCUCAAAUAUUAAAGAGGACUUCAAACACAAAUAUUUCAACUCCUGCUUUGAAAGGGAAAAUACUGAUUAUUUGAACCUGGCCAUAUUAGCUAAACUCUUAAUUUAUUUGGGGUAUUUUUUCAUGGAAAGAGUCAGAUUAUUCCUGCAACUAAAAUUACUUACGUGCCUCAGAUGUUUGCAAGAUCAAGUUUUUUCUGUGCACUGAGGAACUGUUGUCUUUCCCAGAUUUAUGGUGUUAAAAAAGGUAGUUAAUAUUUUAAAAAAAUCUGUACUAAGCAUUAGGACUUUAAAAGAAUCAUGCUCAAAAGGAACCAAAAAAGAAUGUGUCCAAAAGAAAUCAUGUGCAGUUUGUGUACUGGCCCUCUGAAGCCAGUCUCUCACUGUGUUAACUUGGGUCAUUUGAUGGAGUAAGUUUACUUUGGGCUUCUGGUCAAACUUUUAUGUAUAGAAACGUAUGGAUAAGGCUGUGGUCUAGACUAAUGCCUUGCCUAGCAGGGUAUUAGCUAAUAUUUUUUCCUGUUCACUCUGUAUCUUUUUAAGAUAAAUUUCACACACAGGCUUCUAAAAGAUUAUACAGUCAGUGUGAUGUUGUGAGGAAAAUACUUGGAAGACUCUGGGCAGUUGAGUCUCAAACACCUAAGCAGUAUUAAAAGUUCUAGAUUUCUCAUUUGAGGGGGCAUUCAGUUUCCAAGAGACUUAAUUUAAAAGGAGCGGGGUUAAACUUACAGCAUUAUUGUUACAACUAGAGUUAUCAGGAAUUUCAAAUUACACUUGUAUUUCAAGAAAAGAACAUAAGCAUCAGAAAUAUGAAAUAAUUCACUUUCACAAGUUUUGUGGGUGUUUAUAAAUGGUCUAUUUUUAUCUGCCAUAGAGAGUUGAUUUUUGUGGUUUUAUUUAAUGGGAGAUGAAUCUAUUAGUUUAGCAGUGCAAAUGUAAAGAAGACCCUAAGUUCUCAGCAGUGCUUUUAUAGAAACUAUCUGAUUGUUAAAAUCAGCGAAUACAAAUUCAUAAAACGGUUACAUUUUCCAGAACGAGUACAGAAGUAGAAGUGUUGAUAAUACAGGAGUCAUUCUUGUAAAGCAUGAAGCUCAUGGUGGCCUCAUUUGCAAUUACAUGGAAUGGUUCCUCCACUUUGAGGAACACAGAAAAGGCUGUGUAUGCCCACAUUAAGGCUGUUGCUUUUGUAGAACAUCUGUUUGUAAAAAAAAUGUGAGGUUUUGCAGUGACCCUGAACAAGGCAAGCUGUGCUCUGAGAGCUGUGUCUAGUGGGUAAUGAACACUGUCCAGAGCUUGCUGAUAAUCACUGGGCACAAAAUGGGCAUGGGAGCCUAAAACUGUGCCCAGGUGGGGUUCUCCUAAUCCACUGUGCAGACUUGUGUGGCAGUGAGAGGAGAACUGUGUUACCUGUUUGUCUGUGUGUGGUCUGCAAGUGGCCUGUAGUGGUUUUAGCCUAGACUUCAUUAGCAAAUAAAGUUCCACUAAGGAAAGGAAUGUAGAUCAGAGUACAUAGGGCUCUGCAAGAAUCUUUAUUUUUAUUUAUGCUGCACUGAGGAUUAUGGGACACAAAUUUAUUUAAUGAAAGUAUAGAUUACAAUAAUAAAAAAUGUAUUAGACCAAGUACAGGGCUGGCUAGGCUACCCAUACAUGCUUUACUAUUCAUAUUGUCCCAAAAAGGGAAAGAAUAUGACACAGGAAUCUGUUCCUAUGUUAUUUACCAAGUAGUGAGGUUGGGGUGAUAAGCUUCUAUAAACUAAGGCCAUUUGGAAGUAGGAUGGAAAUGAUGCUGACAAGGGGGACGGAGGAUUAGUUUUAUAUCUCACGGUUGUGAGUUUUCAAGACCUGAUAGACUCUUUGACCUGAAGAGAGGGUUAGAAAGGGCUAGAUCCGUUACGUUCAUAAUAAACAAGAAUUGGUUUGAAAUAUAAUUUUUGUAAUGUCAUUAUUUUGCAAAACAACAGCACCAAUCAGGCAGUUAAGAUAUUGUCAAAGGUGCUCUUUUAAUUUAGAUAUUCUUGGAAAAUACAUAUGUAUAAUAUAUGUACAUAUAUAUAUAUACACACAGUAUAUAAUCUACAGCUCUGAGAGCUUUUAAGUCAGGAAUGCUGAGUAUUAUAGUAUAUGGAGGUCAGAAAAAGAAUUUUUACUUUUCUGUGUGUCUGGGUGUGCGUGGAUGUGUGUGUGUGUGUGUGUGUGUGUGUGUGAAAGCUUCCCCUCACCCCAGUAGCUCUGGGCUGCGUUAUUCUAGCUCUUAAUUACUGACUUGUUUUGUGCUGUCUCUCAGUUAUCCAUUUUCAAGAAUUUUAUUUCAUCUUUCGUGGCUUUUGUGAAGUUUGUUUUUUACCGAUGAAGAUUUUUGAAAUGAUGUAAACAGUUGUUUUACAACCACCACCCCCCAGAGUAAUUCACUUCUGUGCUUUUUCUCUUUGGCAGCUAUAUAUCAAAGGCAAAACAUUUGGAAAGGUUGUUAAGGUGUUAUUUUCUAAAGGAACCACUGGUAAGACUUCUGUUUUCCUCCUGGGGUAGUGGUGAUGCAUUCUUCCUUAGGCAGCAAUUUCACCAGCACUGGGCACCGUUGCUUGUAUCCGAAAGCACAAUUUUAGCCUGUUGUGCUUGUCAGGACUGCUCAGACACCUGCAGUUCUGGCUGGCCUGGAGUUGGCAUUUGCAUUGGAGAUCACUGUCUUCUCUGGUACUUGUACAUUGGUCAGAAAAUUGGUGGGGUGUUUGGAAUCAUUAAGAGGCUCAGGAAAAAAAAAAAGAUUUAAUAAGGAAAAACAGCCCUGAUAGUUUCUGACCUAAAUUUGUACCACAGGUUGCUUUUUUAAAAUCUGGGCUUCCAGUAAACUGCAGCAGCAACUAGUCAUCUGUUAGUGAAAACUAGCACUUGCUUUUUUAUUUUGUUUUUUCAUUUAUGGCAGACAGUGUUUUUUGUGGUUUAAAGACAAGUCCACCCAUCAAAGCAAGUUUGAUAUCAGUGGUUGAAAAUCCAUGACAGUUCAUAGCAGAUUCAAUUGAUUUUCUAAGACCUUGUUUUUAUUGUAAUUUUUUUACCCUGGAGCCUGGUUAGUGAUGUAACAUUUGCCAAUGAUCCAACCAAAAGGUCAUGUAUUUAUUUUUUGUUACACUAUGUUCUUUGUAAAUGUUUAAUUAAAAUGUGCACUUUUAAAGAAAAAAACAACAAACAGAGGAAAAAAACCAUUAAGGUAAAUUUGGUUUGCUUGAGAAGAUUUCUGGCAUAAUAGUUGUGAUCCUGCUGCCUGCACACAAUUCACUCCUCCACAGCAGCUGACUCCUUGGCUAAUUGAACUUGCAGAUCAGCACCUGGUGCCCAGCAGGCAUUGCUUCAGAAGGGCAGGAGAGCUGAAGGGGCAACAAUCAAGCGUGUGGUGUCUGGAGCAGUAUGUAGAGGAUGGAUGUGACAUUAUUUUUAGAGUAGAACUAGUUCAGUGAUCCCAUGUGGGAAAGGGAGGUUAAUUUGGAAGGAAAGCUGAACUAUUUUUCAGCCACUUUAUUCCCCUUUUGUUAAUUUGAUAUUUGUCUGCGGAUUUUACAAGCUGCAUUCCAAGAAAAUAAAUUGAAAGGCUUUCCAGUAAUUUGACACCAGGAAGUAAAGGUACAUUGACAGUGUGUCACCUUGCUUGAAAAGAAAAGCAUAGCACAACCACCUUUCUUUAGCGGGAACUAUGAUAAUUUAACCCUGAAGUCUGUCAUUGUGAGCAGGUUUUAAAAAGCAUACAGUACAUUGAUGGUUCUCUGUCGUCUGCCUGGGAACUCGUUUUUCUGAGCUGUGUAAUUUGCUAGUUGUAAAAGACACUGAUUUUACAAAAGCCUGAAUGUAUCCUGAAGCUCAGUUGGUCUGGAAGGAGCCAGACUGGUGAAGAGAGGAUGCUGAAAUCCACCUUCUGUGUGCUUGUGACAGGUUCAGGUCUGUGGAUAGAUAGACUUAAGUGUGUGAAUCUUUGGGGAAAAGGGACCAGAUCCAGGUGGUGUAAAGAGGGUUUGCAUUUCAAGUGUUUUGCCUUGGAAUGUGUUUUUAAAAUGUAUUUAAGCUGUGGCCUGCAGAGAGAUGUGCUUGGGCUAGUUGGCACAGCACAAAUUGAAGAGUGACUUUGUGGCACUGCAGGUGCAGCUUUGUGACUGGAUCUGCAGUGAGUUCAGGGCUCGCUUUCAGAGGAGAGGCAGGAGCAGUCAGCUGUGUGCUGGCAGGAAGGGGCCAGGGACAGGCUGCAGUGACCCAUGGCUGGCACACUCCAUAAGCUGAGCAUUCACUGCACUCAGGACUCUAGCAGUUCACUCAGCCUCAGCUGCAUAUUCCUCUAAAUUAGGGGAUAGCUGAGUGAGAGCAUGGGGAUGGCAGGCCUUGAGCAAGUUGCUUCUCUGGAAAUGGCCACUCUUAAGAACUAAGGAUGUUUGGGUGCUCUCCACAAGUUGUGUUUUUAUCCAGGUGCCACUCCAUUUUUUGUGUGUUUAAUUGCAUUUAUUUAUAUUAAAACGUUAAUUUUAAAAUGUUCUACAACUUCAAGUUUAUAUGAGAUUUGAAACUGUGCUGCUUAUAAUGGACUUCUUGGGAUGGGAACAGGACAAGAAGAGGUGCUAGUUGGCAGCCUACCCCUCCACUGACUUUUUUCCACAGAUUGGUCAUUCACUUCAGAAAUUAGUUGUUUCUACUCUGGAUUUAUAAUUUGAAAUUGUUUUGAAACAAUGUUUUUCAGGGAAGUUUCCAGAGCAAGGGUUAUUAUUCUCCCUUUGUAGUGUAAGCUGGAAAGAGUAUGUUCACCUCAUCUGCAUUUCUGAUUCUUUACCCAAACCAUGUCAGCACAGAACAGGGUAUUUGAGCUUAACUCCCACAUACUUGUGGAAAUUAAAAGAUUAAAUGAAAAUCCAUCAUUGGGGGAAAAUAAAAGCUUUUUUACAUCUCCCCAGAAAUCUAGAAACAUCCCUGUUGUGUUCUUUUUUUUUUCUUUUUUUUUUUUGUGCUUUAUCUGUGUUUAAAAAGAAUUGUACUGGGUUAUAAUGCAUUUUAUUAACACUAUGUACAUAUUAGCUGCUUUGUGUUUCAGAAUGGUAGUAAUUGCUUUGUAUAUUAAAGUGAUUCUUGUGAAUUUGUGAAUUAUUGUCAUAAAGAAGUGCUUUUUCUUACUGUAACCUUUGUGGUAUAAACUGUCAUAACUCCCUUUUUACACAAACAUUUAUGUGCAGUCACAUAAACAUGCUUUAAAAAACUCUACAAA